GUGACAUGUAAUCGAUGCACCUGGAGCCGUGAGCUCCGAUGCUCGAGCAUAUAUCCCACGUAACAGCCCCUCUGCAGCCAUUUUGGCUCAAGCGGCUGCCGGGGGAGGCCAGCCGAGCGCCCCUGCGUGCAUCUGCCGACAUGCUGCGUCGGCGCGCCUCUUUCGACAUCGGCUCUGGGGCCACGAAGUUGAUGGUAGCCGACGUUGAGUUGGGCCCACCAGCUCGCAUCAUGGAGGUGCAUUUCGCGCAGGAGGUGCCCGUGGGCUUCAUGAUGGCGCUGAGGCAGAGUGGUGACGGGACCCUGAGCCCGGCCAUCCAGGACCAGGGCAUGGAGGUUAUGAGGGCGCUCGUGGCGAAGUGCCAGGAGCUGGCCGUCGGGGCUGGUUCCCGCUGCGCCGUGGCCACGGAGGUUUUCCGCAAAGCCAGCAACGGCGCGGACUAUCUGAGACGGGUGAAGGAGGAGCUGGGGCUCGAGGCGCCCAUCGUCACACAGGAGGCGGAGGCGCGGCUCGGCUUCCUGACCGCCGUGGCGCUCCAGGGCCGGCAGGAGGAGGAGGUGGUCUGCUGGGACUCUGGCGGCGGGAGCUUCCAGGUGACCUCGACCGACCCUUGCGGCGGUCCGCUGCGCACAUUCCUCGGGGCACUCGGCUCCGGCAACUCCCUCGCGAUGCUGGUCGAGGACGUGCAGCGCCACUCGUUCGCGGAGCACCCGUCGCCCAACCCGGUGAGCGGCGUGGAUGCUGCGGCUCUCGUGGCCAGGAUGAGAGCCUGCCUGUCCGAGCCGCCGUCUUGGCUGAGGGGAGCCCGGGUGACGGCCAUCGGCGGCCCCAAUUCCAUGUUCCAGCUGGCAGCAGACAUCCUCGGUUCGUCCACGUACACGGGCGACAACGUUCGGGAAGCGCUGGGCCGAGUGGUCGGCCGCACCGACGGCGACCUGGCGACGAGCUACUGCCAGGGCGACGACCGCGAGCCGCCCUCCCUGUGCGUGCCGAAGAUCUGCCUGCUGCUGGCCGUCGUCGAGCACUGCGGCCUGGCGGAGGUCUCCUUCCAGCAGGCCAUCGGCUCCUGCGCCGGGCUGCUCAUCAGCGGCGAGCGCUACGCGGAGGGGUGCUGAGCCGCCUCCCCGCCAGGCGCGUGCGGGCCAGGCGCGCGCGGGCGCGGGCGCGGCGGCCCCGCCCAGCGCCGGCCUCGCCCGCGGGCGCCGCCGCCCCUCGCGCGGAGGCACCGCUGGGCAACAGGGCGCUGCCCGCGCGCGUGCACCGGCGGCGGGGUCGUUGCAGUAUUUUCAUGCCCGGCGCUGUCGCCCAGUGUCGGGCCCCUUGGUCAAGCAGUGGCGAAUGCCGGGACGGUCGGUACCUGCUCAACCCUUGGCCCAGCACAGACCGUCCCGUUUACGCACCCGCAGCGUGUUGGCAAUACCCGUGAGUGCAGCUACCUGUCUCAAUCUUCCAGCAAGUCCCAGGUGCCGCGCGGACCUUUCUGAUCAAGAUGCGUGGUUCGAGCGGGCGGUUGUCGUUG